AGGUCCUGGAAAAAGGAGAAAGAAAAAAGAGAGUUGAGCAGUUAUAAUGUUCAACAUUUAUAUUUUUACAAGAAUAAGAAAAAUUUUUAGAUGAGAGGAACCUUCAAGGAGAUUGUCAGAUAGGUCGAGGACUUUGAGGUAGGACAUGUUCCCAAUUGACAGCGAAGAAUGGAGAGAGUUUUUGCCAAGAAAUAGAUACUCCAGCGCAGUUAGCUUGAAUAACCAACUUGGUAAGGUGGAACUAAUUUGAUUAUUGGAAAGAUCGAGGAUAGACAGAUAUGUGAAAUUCAAUUGUGGCAAGGUGUAAGGAAUGCUUGCAAUCUGACAUUGAGAUAAGUGAAUCUCCAUUAUGUAAGGCAACAUGUUCAGUGCUUCUGCCCAAUUUGAUGCAUUGCUAAUGUUAGUUCCUGUCAUGUCAAGGUGCUGCAACAAUGUUAAACGGGAAAGCCACGAUGCAUCGUCAACAUCAAGAUUGUUGUAUGAGAGAUCCAAAUAGAGUAAGCUGGAGAGGUUCCCUAGUUGCUGUGGCACUGUUGUCAAGAAACCUGCACCUGAGAGAUUCAGGUACCCCAAGUUCUUAUAUGAUCCAAAGAAGUCUGGUAUACUAGAUCGAAAGUCAUUCAUGCUCAAAUCAAGGUAGUUCAAGUAUUCGAGAGUCAUCAGUGUUGAACUUAUCUCCUCCACUAGGAUCAAGGACCAGGAAGCAUCAGAAGGUGAAUCUGUGUGUGGCUGGGGAUUCCGGAGGUCUAGUUUGAUGACUCUCCCUAGCUGGUUGUCGCAGCCCACACCGUGCCAUGUGCAGCAGUCAUCUCCGGACCAAGAGAAGAGCCGGUUGCUUGGAUCAUACAGUGCUUCUUUGAGUUGUAGAAGUGCUCGCAUCUCCACCUCUGGACAGUGGAUAGUGGAACCGUCAUCUCCGUUGCAGAAGUUUGUAUGUUGAAUGUGGUAUAUGGAUAUGAAUGCAAGCAAAACAGCAACAAUUGCAGGGAAUUGAAGAACCACCAUGACUGAGUGAUUUGUUCUAAAACCUAAGCAGAAUCUAAUAAGCUAGUCCUUUUUGAAUGAAUGAAAAGGAAUAGCCGUUUGGAAGCGUUUCCAGCAGUCAUUUAGGACAUUCAAAGAUGACUCAAGUGCCAGUCUUGUUUCCAAGUCUUUGUGAUUCUUGGACCCACACAUGUGCUACAAGAGUUAUGCUUCAUCGUUUCUUAAUCAAAGCAAUUUCAUCGACCAGGUCAAUGAGGGACCUUCGUGGAAAAAGUCUGAGGUGGUGAUACUUCCACCAGUUGUUUGAACUUUGGAGGUUUGAACAUUCAAAGAAGACUCAAGUGCCAGACUUGUUUCCAAGUCUUUGUGAUUCUUGAACCCAUACAAGUCUUUGUGAAUCUAAUAAGCUAGUCCUUUUUGAAUGAACAAAAAGGACAAGCCAUUUGGAAGCUUUUCCAGCAGUCGUUUAGAACAUUCAAAGAAGACUCGAGUGCCAGGCUUGUUUCCAAGUCAUUGUGAUUCUUGGACCCACACAUGUGUUACAAGAGUCAUGCUUCAUCGUUUCUUAAUCAAAGCAAUUUGUCGAUCAAGUCAAUGAGGGACCUAGGUAGAAAAGGACAGAUGUUGAUUUCUGGCCACUGUGGAAUUACCCAAAUGAAGGAUUCUUGGAACCUGGAAGCUCCAACGAAUAGGCCAGGAAGCUCAUCCAGAAGUUGUUUAGAAUAAUCAAGGUUCAGAACAAUUUCUUUUUUUAUCAAGGUUCAGAACAUUUGAAAGAUAGUAUUCUUUCCAAUAUUAUCUUAUUCAAAGUUCAGAAAUUCUGUCUGGAAAUUUCCUACCUUGUUUAACUUCAGCAAUUACAUAAUGUGACUCUCUUUGUCUUUUCCUCUCAAGGUGAUGACUACUAAAACGUACACUAGGGUUUUGACUCGAGGACUUGUUGAAUUUUCCAUUCCAAAGGUGCCUUUCUUCAUAUUCUUUUGGCCUACAUUAGAUUUUAAUACUGAGGCAACAAGUUUAUGUCAGGAUAUAUGUUAAGUACACACUGGCUUCUGUUCUGACAUGAUAAAUCGACUGUGUCCAACAAUUUCUCUCUUCAAGAACUAUUUCAUUGUGAAAGAAGAAAAACUAUAUUGGACUGAAGCAAAAGAAGAUUUUCAAGCCAUAUCUCUUCCAAGAACUUGGCAUUGAGAUAGGUGCACUCCGUUUGCUACAUAUCUACAUCCAUUUCAGGUGAAAAGAAAUCUAUAUUCAACUGUAGUACUUGAUCACCAUGUGUAAUCCUCUGCUAUCUUCUCCAUAUUACGUGAGGGUUGCUGCUAUUCUGCUUGUUUUUCUCUUUGUCAAUUCCCCCAUCUGUCCUGCUGGCUUCACUUGUCAAGACAAUGAGAGGCAAGCCCUCUUCCAAUUCAAGAUAGGACUCAAGGAUCCUGGUAAUCGACUGUCUUCUUGGGACGUGAGCGUGACCACCGACUGCUGCUUGUGGAAGGGAGUUUCCUGUGACAAUAGGACAGGGCAUGUAAUUGGAUUAGACCUUCACAAUGAUCACAAUGAACACCAGCACCGAUACCAGGAGCAGAGUGUUUCAGAUGACAGAUGGGCCUUGGGAGGUGAACUAAGUCCGUGUUUGCUCGCCAUCGAGCAUUUGACUACUCUGGACCUCAGUGGCAAUUACUUCGGAAAUAUGCUCAUACCUCGUUUCUUGGGCUCCUUCAAGCAGUUGGCCACUCUGAGACUGUCAAGAGCAGGCUUUGGUGGAAGAAUACCUCACCAGCUUGGCAAUCUCUUGAGCCUGCACCAACUUGAUCUUUCGAACAACGGGCAUUCCCUCCUGCUUGACGAUUGCUGGUGGCUCUCUAAUCUCACCUCUUUGCAACACCUAGACUUGAGCUUUGUUAACUUUGGAAUUGCAGCCAACUGGCUGGAGGCACUGAACGCACUCCACUCCAUACUCGAGAUACGCCUGUCUCAGUGUGGCCUUCUGAAUGGCAUUCCCAGCUCUUUUCAGCACUUAAAUUUAACAUCACUAGUCACCCUUGAUCUCUCAGAUAACUACUCCAAUUCUACCCUGCCUACCUGGCUGUUUGAUCUAAAAAGUCUUCAAAAUCUCUUCCUCAGAGGGAACUACUUUUAUGGCUCUAUUCCUGCGAGUAUCGGUAACAUGUCUUCUCUCACUGUACUAGAACUCUCUGAUAGGUUUUCUCUUAGAGGUUCAAUCCCCGGGGCUCUUGGGAACCUCUGUAAGCUGCAGCAGCUCGAUCUGACAUGGUCACCUCUCAGACAAAAUUUAAGUGACAUGAAGGAAAUAUUUUCUGGAUGCAUCAAGAAUAGCUUAACAAAAUUGAGCUUGCGAGGUGCUUCUCUCAGUGGUUAUCUUCCAGAAUGGAUAGGGGAUUUCCAGAAUCUCAAAAUUUUGGAUUUAUCUAUGAACUCGCUAUCCGGUAAGCUGCCUUCCUCACUUGGAAGAUUACUAUCUCUACAACAGUUGAGUCUGUAUGGAAAUGAACUGAAUGGUGAUGUUCCGGAAACCAUUGGAUGGCUCUCAGAGCUAGUUAUCUUGAAGCUUGGCCUGAAUUCUUUCAAAGGUGGUCUGUCUGAGAACUUUUUUGCUAAUCUGACAAAGUUAAAGAACCUUGGUCUUUCCUCCACGUCCUUGGCUUUGAAUGUAAGACCAGACUGGAAACCUCUAUUCCGGCUCGAGUACAUUAACAUGAGUUCAUGCAUAUUAGGACCUCAAUUUCCUUCAUGGAUUAAAACACAAGAGAGCCUGUCCUCGCUGCACAUGUAUGACGUUAACAUUUCAGAUUCCAUACCUGAUUGGUUUUGGAACUUCUCAUCCAGCUUGGAGUUCAUUGAUCUCUCUCACAAUGGUAUCAGAGGUAUGCUGCCAGACUUAUCAGAGCUAGCUGACAGUAAACUCACCUAUGUGGAUCUUAGUUGCAACUUGUUGGAGGGGACAGUGCCACAAUUUCCUAAAAGUAUAUCCUAUCUGUUUCUGUCGAAUAACUCAUUUUCAGGGCUUAUUCCUCCUGGCAUCCACAAGACAAUGCCCAAAUUGCAAUACUUGUUCUUGUCAAAGAACAAUCUUAGUGGCAGCAUACCUUUAUUUCCGUGUAAUUUGGAGGAGCUGAUAGCUCUCGAUUUAUCAAACAAUCAUCUAUCUGGAGAACUCCCUGAUUGCUGGAAGGGUUCUUCAAACUUGCAGGAUUUGGAUUUCUCUCAAAAUGAGAUAUCCGGACAGAUUCCCAUCUCAAUUUCUCAUCUGACAUCCCUGGAGCAUUUGAUCUUGAGAGGAAAUAGACUGUCUGGUGGUCUUCCGUCUUCCCUUGAUAGUUGUCGGGCAAUGGUGUUACUUGAUCUCAGUUAUAACCAGUUAUCUGGAGAAAUAACAUGGAUGGACAGAAGCUUCUCAAAUUUAAAAUUUCUUAACCUUAGGGCCAAUAUGUUCAGUGGCAACCUACCUCCGUUAUCUCAGCUAAAUUCUCUACGAAUCUUGGACCUCUCGAGAAACAAUUUUUCUGGAAACAUUCCCAAGAGCUAUGGUAAUUUGCGUGCCAUGUCUUAUUCCCUCAACCACGUGCCAAGUGAAACUGCUUCCUACUCCCAUGUUGCCAUGAACCUAGAAAUCAACGGUUUUUAUAUCCAGUUCAGCAAUGUGCUUAAUCUGGUAGCGGCCAUAGAUCUGUCAAAAAAUCACUUAUUGGGACCUAUCCCUGAAGAACUGACAGAUCUUUAUGGAUUGAGAUUUUUGAAUUUAUCUGGAAAUAAUCUAACAGGGCACAUCCCAGACAAAAUAAACUUAUUAAAGGUUUUGGAGGCUCUUGAUUUAUCAAGCAACAAUCUGUCAGGUAAUCAAGGCCUUUGUGGUAUUCCUUUGCAUGAGUGCCAAGAUAAGGUCAGUAUAAAAGACGAAGCUCAUUUAACCAGUCCUGAGAUUUGGUUGCACCUCAGUGCAGAGCUGGUCAUGUUUAUGCUUCUGCUAUAGCUGGUUAUUGGAUCAAAGUUCCUGGAAGUUGGCUGCCCCUUGGAGUCUGCAUCCAUUUCAUCUGUAAAAGCUGUGGAAAAGGUGAAAGGCACUUCUUAUACCCAACUUAUAUGACUGCCACCCUGUUCUUUGCUUGAUCUUGUUGGGAUGAUGUGACAAAACAUUGACCCUACAAAUAAGCCCUCUCUUUGGUUGCUCCGGCAUAUGGAUGAUUUCACUGCCUGAGCAUGUUUGCAAAUCAUUACAAAUGCUUAAUCCUUGUAUUUAAGAUGUUCAUGCAUAUCAUAAACCUUUAUCAUUAGUCUUGUUCA